AUGGUUUUUGAGAGUGUUGUAGCCGAAGUUCUAAACCGUAUGUUGGGUAAUUUUGUUAACAAUCUCGAUGCGUCACAGUUAAAUAUUGGCAUAUGGGGCGGCGACGUUAAGUUAACUAAUUUGAAAGUGAAAGAAACAGCAUUGGAUGAUUUCGAUCUGCCAAUAAAAUUAAAAUUCGGCUGCCUUACAAGGCUUGUUUUGAAAAUCCCUUGGAGUGAUCUAUAUCAUCAGCCAGUUAUUGCUGACAUUGAAGGUUUGAAUCUAAUUAUCGUGCCGAACAAAGGCGUCGUAUACAGUGAAGAAAAAGCAAAAAAGUACGAAAAAGGGGAAAAGGAUAAGGCACUUGCUAGGCUUGAAGAAAACAGGAAGCGAAGAAGGAAACCGCCAGAUCCGUCUUCCGAUACAUUCGCAGAAAAAUUCAUUGCUACAGUAAUCAAGAACUUACAAGUGACAGUUCGUAAUAUACACAUUCGCUAUGAAGAUAAGUACUCACAUCGUAGUCGUCCAUUUGCAGUUGGCGCUACUCUAGAAGGAAUCGAUUUUAAGACUACCGAUGAAAACUGGAAUGAAACUAUACAUAAGGAGGUUGUGAAAGUUGUUUACAAAUUGGUAUCAUUAAAAAAUCUUGCAAUUUAUUGGAAUUCUGAUUCGGAAUUAGUGUCUGACUUAGCCGAUAAUGCUGCAAUUUUGCAAGCAAUGAAUGAUGCUAUCGUGAUUAACAACAGAAAGCCAUCUGGAUACAAGUACAUGCUGGAACCAAUUAACAUGCAAGCCAAGCUUGCAUUAAAUCAGAAACCUGAAACAGAUAAUUCUAAUUGGAAAAUACCGAAAAUCAAGCUUAUUUUGGACGUGGAUACAUUGGCUGUUGCAGUUGGCAAAUUCCAAUAUCAAGAUCUAUUAUUACUACUGGAAGCACAAGAAAGAUUCAGAACUGCUGCUCAGUAUUUGAAAUAUCGACCACAUUUGAAUGACUAUAAGGGUCAUUACAGAAAAUGGUGGCAUUUCGCUUACAAUGCAAUUGUUGAGGAAUUUGUUAGGAGGCGGAGGAAUAAUUGGAACUGGGAGAGGAUGAAAAAGCAUCGGGAAUCAGUGAGAGCUUAUAAAGAUGCUUGGCUUAAGAAACAAACUGAGAAGAACCUUAGCAACAAAGACCGAAAUAUUAUUGAGGAAACUGAAGAGCAUCUUGAUAUGUUCAAUUUGAACAUCGCUCGGCAGCAAGCUGAUAUGGAAAUCGAUAGGCGUGGUUUGACGAGAUUAGAAGAUCAACCACAGGGAUGGGUAAAUUGGGCUAAAAGCUGGUGGACUGGUGGCGGUGGUGUGAAGGAGAAAGGGGAAAGUGUAGCUCUAUCAUCAGGUGAUAUUAUGACAAAGUUUGAGCAGGUCUUAACUAUAGAAGAGAAGGCUAAAUUGUUUGAUGCUAUUGAUUAUCAGGAGAAUAUCCCUCCAACUGAUUACCCGAAACACUUCGUGGAGAAUGUUGUCAUCGCGAAUUUGAGUCUGCUUAUGGUUGUAAUCGAAGGUGCUUUGACAUUGAAAUUUUCUAUAAUUACUACCAGAAUAGAACAUCGAGCAUCAGCUCAAGCUAUCAACUUUAAAAGUGGUGUAAAAAAUGUAGCAAUGGAUGGUUGUGGACAACAAAUUUUGUUCGUACAAGAUGAUUCCACUGAUUGGUUGACAAUACUUGUCGAAACUAAUCCUUUGGAUCGUGAUAAAGCUGGAUAUGAUCAGUAUAUCAAAGUUGCUUUAGCACCAACGGUUAUGAAAUACCAUGCUCCGGCUAUUAACACUGCUAUCGAAGCAUUAAGACCUCCUGAAAGUGUGCGAUUAAAUCAAUUAACGGCAGCAGCAAUGGCUCGUUAUGAAGAUGUUAAAGCACGUUCUCUCACUGGGUUGGCUCACGUUGUAGACACUAGAGCGAAACUAGUGCUUGACAUACGAAUUGCGCCUAUGACAGUUAUCAUUUCAGAAAAUGGAAUAUUCAAUGAAAAUAAACCAAAUUUGAUUGCAGAUCUUGGCUUACUUACAAUAACUACAAUGGAAGAUGAUUUAUUUAUACAAACACCGUUGCUUGCUGAUCAAGAAGCAGAGUGUCGGGCGAAGUUGUUUAGUCGUGCAUACGAUAAAUUUUCUGUGAAACUGACCAAUGUGCAGCUGAUAUUCUCAGACAGCUAUCAGAGUGGUAUGGAUGCGAAAUCGGAACAUAAAUCGAGUUCCCAUUUAUUGCAACCGACUGGAUUGAAUGUCGCUUUUCAUAAGUCAUCCAUCGAUGAUUUACAACUACCGAAGAUAAGGGUAAUGGGUGAAUUACCUGAUAUUAUCAUAACAAUCUCAGAUAAACGUUUACUGGAGCUUGUGAAAUUGAUAUUAAGCAUUCCCACUCCUGCUCCCGAGAAAGAAAUCAGUGCUUUUCGUCCAGCUGAGUUUGAGAAGGCAAGGAUCAGAGAUCUAGCAAUGAUGCAUGCAAUUAUGGAGGCCAGUGAAAUCUCUGAAGAUGAACAUCUAAAAGUAAAGAAGAAUGACAUAGAGAAACAGGAAGAGAAAAAAAUUGACAUGCAACAAAUCCAACUGGAAGUCAAUCUUACACUGAAACAGGUCCAAAUUGUCAUUGGCACUCCCGAUGCAGUAUUUUUGUCCAUUCAGAUUAAAUCUUUGGGUUGUGGUUUGCAGAUGCGUACAUUUGACAUGGUUGCAAUGGCUUAUUUAGGUGAUUUAACAAUUGAACAGCCGCAAUAUAAAAGUUUGAUUCCCGAGCGUAAUACGUUAUUUGUUAUUGAUAACACUUAUAACAAUGAUCAAAAUUUGCUUCAGUUCAAGUAUGUACAGGCAAACAAGGAAAGUCCAUUUUUCGCAACCGAUUAUAAUUCUAUGGAACAGGCAAUCAAUAUUUCUUUCAAAACAAUGAUUAUAUCACUUCACCAGGAUGCCAUGAUUAGUCUAAAAAAAUAUUUUGAAACACUUCAAGAAAAGAUUGCUGAAUUGCAAAAUCGAGACAAACCGGCACAAGAUCAUGAUGAAGCUGACGCCGGAGUAACUAUCAGUGAUGUUCCAUUACUUCACGAGAAGAAAAUGCUAGUUGCGCGGUCUUCAAGUCAGCAAAGCUUGGCCAGAUUUUCUGCUUCUGAAUCAUUAGGAUUAAGUCAUGCAAGGCGUGAACGAGAGUUGGCACAGACACGAAAUGAUUUUGUCGUAAAAUUGCAUAUAAAUGCUGUUUUUGAUUCUUUGUCGGUCUAUGUCGGUUCAACAAAAUGCUUAGAUACGGCCCUAAGCAUCACUGUUGUGAGAGUCGCUAUAACAAUGCGUAUGAGAACAAUGGAGAUGGAAGGUGGAGUCAAAACAGUAACAAUGGAAGACCGAACUGGAACAACAAUUCACAAACAUUUACUCACACUUUGUGAAGAAGACAGAGAGAUGUUAUCAUUUGCUUUUAAACAGUACAAUCGUACUGAUGCUGAGAAGAAGCAUAUGCAGCCUUCUGAUCUCGAUUUUUUCAUUAAAGGCAGUUUUGCCCGUAUUCGUUUCGUGCUUCUCUUCCUUUGGCUUGAGAGAAUGAAGCGUUUUGCUGUUCCAUUUCAAGCUGAAGCAGCACAAGUUGCAGCGCAAGCGCAAUCAUAUGCAUCUGAAAAGGCAUCACAGGCUGCACAAAAGAUUAAACAUCUUAUGGAAGAAUCACCUUUGAGGAUUGGUUUGGAUAUUGAACUUGAGGCACCGACAAUUUUGGUACCAAAGAGCUCUAUGUCGUUGAACGCCCUCUUCAUUGAUUUCGGCAGGCUUACUGCUGUUAAUUCAGUCUCAGCAGCGCAACACGAGCAGAGUGCAAUUAUUGAUUCGAUGCAAGUCAACUUAACUGACUUCUGCUUUGGCAUCUCACUUAUUUCGGAAAAAGAUGCAGAAGUGUUAUCCACAUGUCAGAUUUUAAAGCCAAUCACAUUUUCACUAUUAAUUUAUCGGAAUUUGUCUUUUGAAUGGUACAAAACAGCUCCACAAAUGCUUGUUGACGCUCACUUACCCAUUAUUGAGAUAGGCAUGACAGAGGAAGAUUAUGCGACAAUGCUGAAGACACUUAGUGGCAACUUGGCAGAGGGAAGCGAAUUAUCAUCGGCGUCAUCAUUAUCUGGGAAUUCUUCAAUUCGACGAAAAACUUUUGAGAGGAGAAGUCAGGAGUCUAACGAAAAAGCUGCAUCAGAAAGUAAUGGGAGACCAUUGAGUGAUUCCAAAGCUAAAUCUCUUGUUUUCUGUUUCAAACUGGACGAAAUUUCUGCACUCUUAUAUCGUGGUUCCUCAGAUUUGGAGAACUCAAAAGGUGAAAUCGCUCGAAAGACUACUGCUGGUUUUGCAUCAAUGAGAUUAAAAAAAAUUAAAUUAAGUGGCUCGAGAGCGGAGAAUGGUGAACUGGAUAUCGUUGUUAGUCUGGAAGUAUUUGUUAUGGAGGAUGAAAGAAGCGAAAAAACCAAAAUACGACGAUUAUUAGAUAAAAAGCCUGAUAGAAGUGGAAAAAUCCACAAUGAAUUUGUUGCUGCUCGUUACCAGACUAGUGCAGCAGGAGAUAAAAUUAUUGCCUUCUCAUCAUCGGCUUUCUUCCUACGACUUUGUCCAGAAUUUCUAGGAGCACUGAUGAAUUUUUUUACGGUGAAAAAAACACAGGAGGAGUUAGUAAGAGAGGUUGAAAAAGUGAAUGUUCCAAAUAUUGCGCAAAAUAAGGAAAAAGUGGAAACAGUUCCACCAAGAGGCAGAGUGACAAUGAACUGUACAAUGCAUGAAGCAGAAAUUAUUCUGAUAGAUGAUGCUGUCAGUCCUGAGAAUUCCCAAGCGCUAAUUUUGUCGUUUAACGUCGAUCUCAAGGCAAAGCCGGAUGGUGAGAAGCAGGUUAUGAUUGGUGGCAUUAAAAAUUUGCAGAUUAUAAGCACUUAUUAUUUGGAGUCGAAAUGUGACCAAACUCCUUAUCAGGUAUUAAAGCGCACUGAUAUCGACGUUCACUUAACAACGGAACAAAAAACAUUGUCUGAAAAUUUUGUAGUACAUAUUGGACAAUUAUAUCUAAAAGUAUCUCCUGCAAUAAUCCGUUUGCUAAGUGCUGUUUCUUCGGCUUUUUUAUCAGCAGCAAAUGUUAAGGAAGAUUCGCUUACUGCGCGGAAGACAGUGCUUAAAAAGUACCCAAAUUAUUGGGAAAAACGUAGAAUCGAUAGGAACAAGCAUUGGUGGUUCAACGUAGUGGAGGAACAACAAGAAGAUUUUGAGUACGCAGUGGAUAUUGCCGCUUCUAUCAGUCAUGAACAACAGGGAACUAUUAUAAUGGAUUCGCUUAUCAUCACUUUGGAAGCCGGUAUGGGUAAUAGAACGGUACCAGUAGUACUUUUGGAAAGUUCGACAGUGAUCGCUUUAUCACAUUGGAGUACAUUGUUGGCUAUUGAUGCUGACGUGCAAUUCCAAAUUUCAUAUUACAAUGAAACAUUUUGCGUGUGGGAGCCAAUAGUCGAACCGGUAGAAGUAGGCGAUAAUGUCUGGAGGAGCUGGGCUUUAAAAGCUCAGUUGCGAACUCAUAAUGAAGAUGAGCUGUCAGUAAAUGGUGCACCAUCAUUACCACAUAAAACAAUUAGUGUGAAAGCAUCAGAAUUGCUUAACAUAACAAUAACAAAAUCGCUGAUUUUGUUAUCUUAUCAUCUCAUGGAUUCUUUUGAGAAAGCUGCGAAACUGAUUUCACCGCCUGUAGGACGAACUUUCCCAGGCAAUAGUAAAUAUUUGGUGUUCAACAAUGCUGGCAUUUCGAUCAAAAUUGGUAACACUGAAACAAUGAUUAUCAAUGUUGAUGGGCUACCGGUUGACGCAAUGCCAGGCACUUUCGUCGACUUAAGUGUACCUGUUGAUCCUAAUGAAAAGAUAGGCCUCACACAGAGUCAAAGUACAAAAAAAGCAGAGCUAUGCCUCAUUUUUGAUGAAAUGGAUACAGAAAGACAUGUAAAUAUAAUGAGAUCUGAAUCGAGAACUUUUGAACUCCCAAUGAAAAGUAAUGAUGGAAAGCAAUGGAAGGUGGUUGUAGAAAUAAAAAUGGAAAAUAUGCGACGACUUAUUUACCUCCAUUCUACAGUGCAAUUUGUGAAUCAUCUCGAUAUACCUUUUGAAAUUCAUUCAAUGCGUGAUGGAAGACUUGAUUUCUGUGGUAUCGCAGAAACGGAUAGUGAACCACUUGAUAUUGCUCUUCCAUUAUUGUAUACAGCCACUGGAGAAUUUUUUAUCAAACCUCAAGACGAUGCUUAUGAGAUGAGCAAUGAAUCAGUUUGCUGGAAUAAGUUUGAAGACAAGGCGCGAUACAUAGUACGGUGCGAUCUGUCAGAAGACAUGAAACAGGGCUUGUUUGUAGCUCUUAUUGUUGAAGAAAUACCAUUGAAAGCAGAAAGAAGCAGAGAUUUAGACGAUAUAAGUUAUAUAGUGCACAUCUUUUCACCUCUCACCCUACAUAAUUUCUUACCUAUUCCUCUACGACUCACUUCUCCGAUACAGAAAGAGUUGUUUGGUGGUGAAGAAGUUUCAUUAAACGUCAUACCUGGACAGAACCUCAAUUUUGAAGUGGAUUAUCGUGGAGAUCUUUAUGUAACAGAGAUGCUUUUUCCUGUGGAGCACCAGGAUUUAAUGGUCAUUACUCUUACAUCCGGUGAAAAGUUUCUGAAUCUUGGUGUUCACUGGACAGUCGCUCAUCGUAAACUUGAUGCUGAAGUAUACGCACCCUAUUGGUUCAUUAAUAACACUGGAAGAACUGUGAAAUUUACGGAAAGCAGUGAAGGUAUAAUUGAAAAAACUACUAAAUGCGUACCAUGUCAGAAGAGUGGAAUGGAAGGACAGUAUUCUGAUGCGAUAAUGCAGGAAGCGUUCAGCGAGCCGGCUUUGCUUCCUCUGGAUGCCAAGGAUUUCUUAUCCAAAAAAAAGGCAAGGUUAUCACUGUUCGGGAACUACUGGACAAAUGAAUUUCCACUCGAUGCGGUUGGAAAUGCGGGACGUAUUAGUUGUAAGGAUGAAAGCAGUAGUGAGCAAAGUAUUUCGUUGCAAAUAAGUAUGUGUCAGUCGGGUUUGACAAGGGUAAUCACAUUCUUACCUUUCUAUUUGCUUCACAAUCAUAGCCGGUUUCCUUUUGAAAUAAGAGAAUUUGGAACGCAGAACUGGAUUUUGGUUACGUCUCAAGCAUGUAUCGGUUUUUGGCCAUCUCAAAAAGAAAGUCGGAAGUAUGUUGUUGUGAGGUAUGGUGGUACAGUCGAGGAGUCAAUACUAUUUCCGAUCACUGAAAGCUUUGAAGGAUUCUGUAAGAUCGACAAUGAUUAUCUUGGUGUAUAUGUAACUAUAACAGUCUGCGAAUCGUCUUCCAUUAUCAAACUUGAAUCAUUUGAACCGGGUAUGGCUCCCGCUAUCAUAAUGAAUGCUACGAAAAAAUCGGUGGACUUUGGUCAGAAAGGAACUCAGUCAAAGAAGACACUCGGUCCGUGGGAAAGCUGUGCAUUUACAUGGACAGAUGUGAUUCAUGAUCGUGAACUGGAAUGGAAAAGUGGUGAUGCAAGCCAUUCGGAUGAUUUAAUCCGGAAUACAUUUGAAGAUUACCGACCAUCUAAUUCAGAUUGUACUCGUUAUUACUGGGUGUCAUUUUUGAAUGGACGCCAACGUGUAUAUCUGUUCACGGAUGAUCUGGCAGUAAUGACUACUGCACACGAAGCUUAUGAAAUUGAACUUCCUACUUUUUCUGUUGAAAUAUCUCUGCAAGGUAUUGGCAUUUCCAUAGUGGACAAUUUUAAAACUGAAGAAAUCGCAUAUUUGUGCAUUGCAUCAUCAGCUAUUAUUUGGGAGCAAUUCGUUAAAACUCGAUACAAACCAUUCACAAUUAAACAGAUGGAAAUAAUCGAGCACGCUUAUCAGACAUGGCUUCCAGGCCGUUCAGAAGAAACAGUAAUGGUGGACAAGUUGGAAUUUGAUUUCAUGCAUAUGAAAUUAAAAAAACAAAAAGAUUGGGCUGACAUCCGGCGACAGUUCCAAAUUGGACUUUGGAUGCAGUAUAGGCAAACUCCGCAUCAAUUACAGUUUCAUAUGAAGCUUAAUCAUCUACAAAUCGAUAAUCAGUUACCAGCAUGUAUAUUUCCUUGCAUACUCUCAAUCGUACCACCACCAAGAUCUGUCGUUCAAGAAAAUGCUCCAAAAUCUUUCUGCGAAUUGAGCUACAUACGACGAGAAUCAGAACACAGUAGGAUUGCUCAAAUAAAAUAUCUUCAUCUUUUGGUGCAGGAGUUCGCAGUGCAAGUUGAUCAAGGAUUUAUGAACGCAAUGCUGGAAUUGAUAUCUUCUCAAGUUGAUAGUAAACCAUAUACGAAGGAAGCUUUUGUAAGAGAUUUUGAAAUGACGAAAAAUCAGUUGGAAGUUAUUGCUGGAAUGACAACAGCUUCUCAACAGGCAGCAUAUUAUGAAAAUUUGCAUAUCUCGCCACUCAUGAUACAUUUGUCAUUUUCACAAGGUGGUAAUUCUGGUUGUAAGCAACUGAAGAGUAAAGCUUUGAAAUCAAAAGAAGCCGUUCAACUUCCAGUCCAGUCUGAAUUUAUCAAUGUCUUCUUGAAGAGCGUUGGUGUGACAGUAACGGAGAUUCAAGAUGUUGUUUUCAAACUGGCGUUUUUUGAGCGGAAAUAUGCUUUCUAUACAGCCUCUCAAUUGAAAGGUGAAAUAACAGGGCAUUAUAUGUCGCAAAUCAUUAAGCAGCUUUAUGUGCUUGUUCUGGGUCUCGAUAUUCUGGGAAAUCCGUUUGGACUUGUUCGCGAUCUUUCAUCUGGAGUGCAAGAUUUCUUUUAUCAACCGUUCCAGGGAGCUGUUAAAGGACCAGAAGAGUUUGCUGAAGGAGUCGCUUUGGGUGUUAAAGGUCUUGUUGGUGCAACAGUUGGCGGUGGAGCUGGAGCAUUCUCAAGAAUUGCUGGUACUCUAGGAAAAGGUGUAGCGGCAUUAACUCUUGAUGAAGAAUACCAGCGCAAGCGGCAGCUCAUGAUGAACCGCCGUCCAAGGACAUUCGGUGAGGGUGUAGCUCGCGGUGCUAAAGGUGUUGGACAAGGUUUAUAUGAUGGUAUCGCUGGUGUUGUUUUCAAACCACUUGCAGGCGCUCGAAGUGGAGGAGCUGGUGGUUUUGCGAAAGGACUUAGUCUCGGCUUAGUUGGUAUAGUUACGCGCCCUCUAUCUGGAGCUGUUGAUUUUGCUAGUAGUACUUUAGAUGCUGUGAGAUCUGCGACGGUUGGAACUGAUGAAACGAAGCCAUUGCGUCCAUCACGGGUCAUAUUUUCGGACAACAUCGUAAGACCAUACAGCCAGAAGAUGGCUAUCGGAGCUCAAAUAUUUCGUGAAGCUGAUAAUGGUUCCGUGGCCGACACCGAUUACUUCUUGGCACAUGCAGCAAUUUCUGAGAAGAGCCUAUUUAUUAUCACAGAUAGGCGUGCAAUGAAUGUAAGAAAAAGUGAUAUAGUUGGUUCCUGGAAUAUUGAAUGGCAAAUUUUAUACACAGAAAUGAAUAGACCUACACUUUCGGGUAAAACGAUCCUAAUUGAUUUACGAAAGAAGCAGAAAGGUUUCCUCAAAUUAAGCACGUUAGGUGGAAGAGUGGUCGAAUUAAUAGAGCAAGCGUCUGCAUCGGAAAUAUACAACAAAUUACUGGAAGCUUAUGAAAUUGAAAUUGGUGCUAAUUAA